AUGGGAGAACCAGCGAAGACAUACAAGGUGGCCGACAUCAACCUCGCUGCCUUCGGCAGGAGGGAGAUUGAGCUGGCUGAGCGUGAAAUGCCUGGCUUGAUGGCCACGAGGGAGAAGUACUCACAGGAGCAGCCAUUGAAGGGUGCGAGGAUAGCAGGAUGUCUUCACAUGACCAUCCAGACCGCUGUGCUGAUCGAGACGCUCAAGGCAAUGGGUGCUGAGAUCACAUGGACGUCAUGCAACAUCUUCUCGACCCAAGACCACGCUGCGGCGGCCAUUGCAGCAGGCGGCACACCUGUCUUUGCCUGGAAGGGCGAGACUGAGGAGGAGUACAACUGGUGCUUGGAGCAGCAGCUCAAGGCCUUCCCGUCUGGACAGAACCUCAACCUCAUCCUCGACGAUGGCGGUGACCUCACGGCGCUUGUACACCAGAAGUACCCCGAGAUGCUCCAGGGCUGCUACGGUAUCUCUGAGGAGACCACCACGGGUGUGCACCACCUCUACAGGAUGCUGAAGAACAAGGGCAAGGGACACGGUCUUCUCGCACCAGCCAUCAACGUCAACGACUCCGUGACGAAGAGCAAGUUCGACAACCUCUACGGCUGCAGAGAGAGCUUGGUCGACGGCAUCAAGCGGGCAACCGAUGUCAUGAUUGCUGGCAAGAUUGCUGUCGUCGCUGGAUACGGUGAUGUUGGCAAGGGCUGCGCACAAGCACUCCACGCCAUGGGUGCCCGCACGAUGGUCACGGAAGUCGACCCCAUCAACGCUCUGCAGGCUGCAAUGGCUGGCUACGAGGUCGUCACCAUGGAGGACGCCGCUCCACAAGCACAGAUUUUCGUCACCACCACUGGCUGCCGUGACAUCAUUGUCGGCAAGCACUUCGAGGCGAUGCGUGAGGACGCCAUCGUCUGCAACAUCGGCCACUUCGACAUCGAGAUCGACGUUGCGUGGCUGCAGAAGACUGCCAAGGAGAAGGUCAGCAUCAAGCCUCAGGUCGACCGCUUCCUCAUGCCCAACGGCCGCCACAUCAUCCUGCUCGCCGAAGGCCGUCUGGUCAACUUGGGCUGCGCCACCGGCCACUCUUCUUUCGUCAUGUCCUGCUCCUUCACCAACCAGGUCCUGGCACAGAUCAUGCUGUACAAGGCCGGCGACAAGGAGUUCGCGAAGAAGUACAUCGAGUUCGCCCGCGCCAUCGAGGGCGAGGAGGAGGGUGCCGCACCCCAGAAGACCGUCGACGAGUCGCAAAACAAGGCUUCCGUCAAGCGCAUGUCGGUCGGCGUCUACGUCUUGCCUAAGAUCCUCGACGAACAGGUCGCUCUGCUGCACCUGGACCAUGUCAACGCCAAGUUGACCAAGAUGACCCAGGUGCAGUCCGACUACAUGGAGCUGCCAAUCGAAGGUCCUUUCAAGAGCGACAUGUACCGCUACUAG